AUGAACUCGGGGGAGCACCCGGUGAUCGGCAUGGCAGACGUGAUCAACUCCACGGGCGCAUUCACCAUGGAAAUACCCGUGCCCCGCUCCCGCUCCACAGCAACCAUCAGGGUGGAGAUGCGGGAUGAGACCAAGCUGCUUUUUGUGGACGAGUUCAGCCUGUCCUUCCACAUACACUUCUACCGCCUCCUCAAGUGGCUCAUCGCAGGACCCUUUGUGGCGGCGGCAAUGGCGCUGCUGGCCUUCAGAGCAGACACGGAUGGCCUGCCUGCUUGA